AGAUGGUUGUACUGUAGUCGAUACUCGAUGGGGUGCGGUCGCAUGCAGAGACUAGCGAUAGUGCGAACUGCACAGAGAUCCUCUUCGCGAAAGGAGCGAAAGAGCUUCGAAGGCUACAGAUCAGGAAAUCGAAGACUUUUCAGCUUGUUGCAGCGCUCUGGCUGUGUUUUUCGGUGUUUCUCUAGAAAACUAGCUUGAUCGGGCCACCAGUUGUUCAGAGUCAGAGUUCAGAGAGCUUCAGGAAAGAGUAUUCUUGCAUUGGCUUCCGAGAAGAAGAGUAUCUGAGUGAUUUAGUACUUUUGACGGGCAGACCACAGAAUGUCGGUGGCCGGAUUGAAGAAUAAAUUCGCCAAGGCGGGGCAGUACAUGAGUGAGAAGGUCCUGAAGGCCGAGCACACCCGCAAGGAUGAGGAGUACCGGGAGAUGGAAAAGGCUGUGGACACUAUGGCUGCUACUGCGGAGCACAUGGUUCGAGAGGUCAACUACAUGUUGCAGCCCAACCCGACGGAAAGAAUGAAGGUUGCGGCCAGAAGAAAGGUGAAGAGCGACAAAGCAUUCUACCCGUACGAAGAAGGACCGGUCGGCGAUGUCAUGUUGAAGGCUGGUAGUGAGCUCGGUGACAAGGCUAUCAACUAUGGUUCUGGUUUGGAGCAGGUGGGCACAGCAAUGAAGGAGCUGGCUGAUGAAAGAGACAACCUGCAUGUAAAUGUAACACACAAUUUCAUUGACCCGCUCAAUAGAUUCCUACUGCAAGAUAUCAAGGAGAGCGCCGCACAUCGUAAGAAGAUGGAGAGUCGUCGGCUGAACUUUGAUGCAAAGCGCAGAAAGAUGGCCAACGCGAAAGGAGGUAACGCCGGUGUCACAGAAGAGGAGGUGCGGGAGGCCGAGGCAAAGUUCGAAGAAUCGUAUGACCUUGCCGCAGACAGCAUGCAGAAUCUUCUCGACGCUGAGGGUGAGCAACUCGCUCAGCUCAGUGCUCUGUGCGAAGCGAUGGUCGACUCUCACCAGGCCUCGAUCCGCAUCCUGGAAAACGCCCUGUCAUCAGUCCGCAACCUCAUUGACUCUUCGGCAUCGCGUGGCACUGCCGAGCGUCGUCGGGUACGUCCCGUUCCCGUCGACUCCGGCCGCCAUAGUGACGAAGAGGCGCCAGGCAGCAGUGGCGGCUCCGAUGCGUUCUGCGUGUCGCUCUACGACUUUGAGCCGGAGAACGAGGGCGAGCUGGGAUUCCCCGAGGGCGCCCACAUCCAGCUCGUGAGUCGCAUCGACGAGAACUGGCUGGAGGGAUCGUACCAGGGCCAGACCGGCUUCUUCCCCACGAAUUACGUGGAGAUCAAGAAGGACCUGUAGGUACCGAAUCAGCACACCUGUGUGUGCAUUGUAUACACACACACUCGCCUCCGAGGAGGGACUGUGUGUAAUUGUGCAACCUCUUGUGGCCGGUUGGCUGCCGGCUAGGAGGACAUUCCAGGCAGGGUUUUAAGCCGGGUGCUACGCCGAGGCACACCGUUUUCACCUGAACUUGCUGCAGGCCUGUCAGUGCGGCCACCUUGACUUAGGUCUUGCUUUUUAACCGUCAUUUGUAAGUAGCAUACAUAGACAUGGAACAGCUUGCCUUGAUUUUGCAUCCUUUUUGUGCGUUCUGGUCAUUUUGUAGUUCGACUCCCGCCGUUCCUGUGUGGAAAUAUGUGCAUGUGUGGGUGUGCGUGUGUCUGUGCAUGUGUGUGUGUGUGUGUGUGUUUGUGCGGGUGUGGGCGUAGCGUCCUAACGUCGUUAGUCUUUUGUACUUUAUCUAGCUCUUUCUUGUAUGCCGGCCUGGUCUAUUCACACAGUUUUUUCUGCUGUGAUCCGUGUUCGCCCCCUUGAUGCUUUUGGUCGGGGCGCUUUUGUCCUGGUCUUGUUUCUCAGACGCCCUGCGCAUGUUUGCUUCGUAAUUAACUUUACAGACCAAAUCAAUAUGGCCCCGUUUUGUUUUUGCAAUGAUGUCGUUGAACCCUGACUGCGGCCUGUUGACGAGGAUUAUUACUCGUGUAUGCUGUUUUGUUAUCUCGCUUGCGAUUUGUUCGUGACUUGCUAUUUUCAUUUACCGCCUGGUUUUGCUGAAGAGUGAAGUACAUUCAAUGA